AUGAGCGGCUUUGAGUGUUCGUUACUUGAAGAACAGCACUUUCAAACAUCGGAUUCACUCAAAGAUGGCGCUAUUUCCUGUUCAGAUUGGUCUCGAUUUGCUAUAGCUUCAUCAACUGGUUUUACAUUAUUGACAUUCAGUGGUCAUUCAUCGCGCAAAGUCCAACUAUUUACUGUUUCUUGGUUUCAACUCGAUCAACACCUCGAACAAGACGAUUUGAGAUACUAUACGUAUACGCCUUUAGCACUCUUCUGUCCUGAUUUCUUGAGACCGGAUGGAGCACGUUUGUUAGCUGUCGCUUCAUCAACUGGUCAACUGGUUAUAUGUGAUGCGAAUCAAGAAUCGCCUGUUGUCUUGUUUAAUGUCUCGAAACGAUGGAGAUCUCAAUUAGACGAACGAAAUGGUGGAAAUCCAGCAACUUCACGAAAAACAGCAACAAGUAAUGGAACGACAACGGGAGGUCUAUCUCGUGACGAAGAAGCAUUACUAGUACCCACAUGUUUGGGAUGGUCGAAUGUUCUUCGCCGUGAUUCUCCAUCACGAUUCGUUCUUCUCUUUUGUGGUUUAGAAUCUGGUCAUGUGGCCAUUUGGCAAUUAUCAGAACAACAACAGACCAAUAAUUUAACCCUAACCUAUGCUGCUUUACUUGAACCUAAUGCCACCGAACCAACAAUACCAUCAGCUGCGAAAAAACCCGGCCUGUCACCCACAAUGUCCAAUGGCUAUAAUUCAAAACCCGACUCAGCUUACAAACCUCCACACAAUUCAAUAUCCGCCAUGGCAUGGCUGUCGUUAUCAGAUACAGCUGGUAUUCUCGCGCUUGGCUCUUCUCACGGACAUGUCUCUCUCAUAUCCAUAUCUUUGACUGGUAAUGAAUUAGCGCCUUUACUUGCAUAUACAAAACAAGAAUCUCCACAUCUUGUUUCCAAUGGCGCACGAAUUCAUCAUAUUGCUCUGUAUCAACAACACAAUGAACAUCGAUUAUUUUUCGCUCAGAUGGAUUCGAUCGUUAUCGCCACACUAAAUAUCACAUCCACUGGUUACAACACAUCCUGUUCACAAUUCACAAUUAAAACAGUUAAUGAAUAUGCUUUAAACUCGAGCGUUCUAACACACUUCCUAUCAGAUACACAAGAUCUGUAUUUAAUUUGUCGAGACGGUUUUAUUCACCGGCAAGUGACACAAACAUUCAAUGAUCCAAUACACCAUCAUCAUGCUCAACACACAACACGAUUCGAACAAUUCUGUCAAUUGUUACCUACAGGUAGUGAAUGUCAAGCAGUUGGUAUUACUCCAACUCAUUGUACUGUUCUGACAAUGAAACGCAGUGAAGCUAUUCUAACAUUAUCAGUUUAUUCUUUAAAAGAUGUUUCGUCAACAAUCACAUUUUUCCUUUCGAAUCCUCUACCAUCAUUUCGUCUCAAUGAUGUUCUCGCUGCCUUACGUGUGUUACUCUAUUCAGAUAAAUCCAAUGCAUUAACUGAUCUCAUCAUGUCUGUUGCUGAUUGUGCUGAUCAGGCUAGUGUUAGUUUAUUGAAGAAAGUGCAUUCAUUAUGUCGUCUGUUACUAUCGUACCAUAAUAGCGGAUUGGGUAGUGGUUUAAGACAAGCACCUUACAUGUUAUUUCUCGCCGAUGUAUUCGCUCAAAUGAUUUCAAUCGAUUUAAUUAAAAAAAUCUACGAUUACGUUCCAACUGAUCAACAAAUUCAAUUAACACCCAUCGAAAAAUCGAUUCUCUACUGGUGUGAACAAUUAUUAAGUUUCUCCAUUCAACAGCUGCAAGCAUCAGCAAAUGCAACAAAUAGUGGUACAACUGCUAAUACUAGUCUGACAGGAAACAAUUUAACUGCACAGUUCGGCUCCUUAUUGGCUAUGGCGAAUCCUAAUAUGACAAGUUCGGCCAUUGCCAUCCCGAAUGGACCAAAUCGACCAUUACAGAUCAAUAGUCCAUAUUUUUCGACGUGUGAUCAAAAAUAUCUCCAUUGUCCUCUUUGCGGACAAUCAUUAUAUAUUCGAACAUUCUUCGAUGUGGCAUGUUCGAACGGACACGAAUUUCAACGUUGUAACAAAACCUUUUUACCAAUCUUUCUUCAAGAACGCGCUAAACGUUGCUCAUUAUGUAAUUUCUAUAUAAGUGAUACGACCAUCGAUGAAUCGACGCAAUUAACAACACUAAUCAAAAUCUUAGGAGGAUUUACUUGCACAUUUUGCGGUUGA